AAUUUAGAGUUGGCAACUUACUCUACAGGAUCAAGGCUCGAUUAUUAUUUCAUCAACGCUGAACGGCUGAACUGAACGCGUAGACGUGAACGGCAUCGGCGACAGCAACUUUUUGAAAUUAAAUCUAAUCUGUAGAGUUCCCGAGCUUUCGUGGUUACGUGCUCUAUAGUUGGUCAACAUGGUGGCCACCAAACUGUACAUAGGCAAUUUGCCAGAGGAUGCAGACAAAGAGGAACUGGAAGAACAAUUCAGAAAGUUUGGCAAUGUUCUGGAGUUUGAUAUUCUUAAAGGAUAUGGUUUUGUACAUUUUGAGAAAGAAUCAGAAGCCAAAGCAGCUGUAGAAUCAUUGGAUGGUCAAUUACAUCGUGGCAGCAACAUCAAAGUAGAACUAUCCAGAAGCAAAGUUCGACAAAAAGCUGGUAUGGGUGCAAAAGGUGAAUGCUAUCGAUGUGGAGGUGAAGGACAUUGGUCAAAGGAAUGCCCAAGAGGACCAUCUCGUGGCAGAGGUCGCAAUGACAGAGACAGAUUCAGCCCAUAUGACAGAGAGCCUUAUUACCCUGACCCAUAUGAAUAUUAUGCUGCCAGAGCCCGCAUGAUGCCUCCUCAUCCUUACGAAAGAUACAGAUAUGAUCCUUAUGAACGCAGGCUGCCACCACCUCCUAUGGGACGUGAGCCAUUAUAUCGUGACUUUGGUAGACAUUCUCCGGACUAUUACAGAAGAUCCUCGCCCCCAAGAGAUCCUUACUAUGACUACUAUGAGAGAAGAGGAUUAACAAAUAUGGAUCCUUAUGGUGAUAAGAUGAGAAAUGUGGGUGUUGCUGGUGAUGAUAUCAAACCAAUGGUUAGGCCCCAAAUGCAAGGGAGAGUGCCAGGACCUUAUUAAUGUCAAAAUCUCUUUUUUUAUGUGGGUCAGAGAAAGUGGAUUUUGUUCAGUGUGUUUAUGUAAAUUGUUUUAUAUUGACCAGCAUAUAUUCAGUAUUGAAUCAGUUUUUGACUUCAUAGUUGGCUUCUUGUUUGCUUGAGCCAUUACUUUGAUUAAGCCACUUAGAUCUAGUAGAGCCAGUUAAGAGAUGUCCAGUCCUUUGGAACCAUUAAAAAUCAUUUUAAUACAUGCAUUGGUGUAUACUAAAGACUAGUGUAUACACUCAAUAGUCAAAUCAUUGAAUUUAUCUGGUAGUCAGAAGCCAAGUAUGUUCUAACCUAACUAGUUUCUAAAUGUUUGGUUUAUAUGCAUUCCAUUGCUAGCAUGGUUGAUAGGGAGGCAAGUUCCUUCCUUCUUCAUGAUCAGUCCCAGAGUCUCAUGUGUUCACAUUGUCUGGAAACUAUCAAUACUUGGUGUGUUACUUCAGCAUCCAUUUCUUAUGAUGUGUGUUUGUGAUUUGAAAGGAAACUAGAAUUAUGUUGUGUUGACUGUGCCACAUGUUGGAAGCCUUAUACCUUGAAGCACAAAAAGAAAAACUGAUUUAAUAUUGUCUUUGUACUUUAGGUUGCUUUUUUUUUCCAUCAGUUUUUUUUUUUUUUUUUGAGCGAGUAUGCUGUCAUUUUUGUGGUGAAAUAAAUAGCCACUGGUUGGACACCCUUCUGUCACAUCUACUCAUCUAGAAGAGUAUUUUCUGAAAAGAGGCUUGUUCUGUGACUGACAUAUUGAGGCUAAGCCUAUUUUGUGUCUUUUUUUAAUUGGGCUUAUCCUAAUCAGUUUUAAUUAAGCCUCCUAGUAUAGUUUCUUUUUGGCAAUAGUGGCAACAGAUGAAACUGUUCAUAAAUGUAUUCACCCAGAUACUUAUAGUGCAAGAUGCAGGAUUGAUGUACAUGUCACUGAGGUCUUCUUUUUAAAAGUUGCUGCAGAUGUCAAUGUCUGUGCAAUUGUAGGCAAGUGUCAUGAAUUCAUUUUCUUUGUUAAAUAUAAACCACCCCAGAACCGUUCGACUUAUAUUUCUAUUGAUACAAUAAAUUAUUUCACAUCUA